AUGGCCGCCGCUCGCUUCGUACCUCAGGCGCUCCAGGCCACUCGCGGCUACGCUACGCAGGCGGGAGCUGUCAAGCCCCCUCUUAUGCUCCACGGCUUGGCUGGCAAGUAUGCCACGAGCGCCUUUGUCGCUGCCGCCUCGCGCGACGCCAAGACGCUCUCCCAGGUCGAGACGGACCUGAAGCAGCUCAAGUCGAUCAUUGCGCCCCCGCAGCAGACGCCCGAGUCGGUCAAGGCUCGCGACUUUCUCGCGAACCCAGUCAUGACGCACGCCGAAAAGGCCGACGGGAUCAAGAAGAUGCUUGGCGGAAAGGAGGGCGAGAUCACCCGGAACCUCUUUGCCGUCCUCGCCGACAACGGCCGGCUGGGCGACACGGAAAAGAUCAUCGACGGCUUCCUCGAGCUCAUGAGCGCUCACCGUGGCGAGAUUGAGGUCACAGUCACGAGCGCUGCCCCCCUCGACAAGUCGACUGCGUCGCGCCUCGAGUCGGCCAUCAAGGGCUCGCAGUACGCAUCCAAGGGCAAGAGUGUCAAGAUCACCCAGAAGGUCAACCCGUCGAUCCAGGGUGGCCUCAUCGUCGACUUUGGCGACCGAUCCGUUGAUUUGAGCGUCUCGAGCCGCGUCAGCCGCCUCAACUCGCUCCUCCAGCAGGGCAUCUAGACGUCGUGUCACACACGUAAUGAGACCAGGCCCGUCGUGCGGAAUGCGAUAAAAGAUUGAAAGAGAAGCCCAUGAAUGAAGAAGAGAAUGGGAAAUAGAGAAUGAAGAUGGAAAGAUGGAAAGCAUGGUUCAUGACUAGAUU